AUGAUCUAUCUUGCGGGCACCGACGCGGGCGCACCGCCAUUCUGGCAGGACGCAGAUCGCUGGACCGGGUUCCUGACCCUCAACGUGGUUGGCCUGCUGGUUGCACCGUGGGUGGCGCUGGCGGCACUGGUGAGGCACAAGGACGCACUGGCAAGGCACCAGGCCCUGGCCUUCGCGCUGGAACGCAGCGAGCUGGAGCGGCAGGCGCUGGAAGCUCGCGUGCAGCUGCUGCAACGGCAGGUUGCGCCGCAUUUCCUGUUCAACACCCUGGCCAACCUGCAGGCGCUGGUGGACAGCGGUUCACCGCAGGCAUCGGGUGGUGAUGCGCCAUCUGGUGGCCUACCUGCGCGGCAGCGUGCCACCGCCCUGCAGCAGCCGGUGGUACGGAUGGAGGACGAGAUCGCAUUGGUAAGCGCCUAUCUGGAACUGAUGCAUAUGCGGAUGCCGGAUCGGCUGCGGUUCCGCCUGGAUGUUGCCGAGCAGGUGCGCGCGCUGGGUUGCCCGGGCCUGUCCGUGCUGACCCUGGUGGAGAACGCGAUCCGCCAUGGCAUCGACCCCUGCGAAGACGGUGGCGAGGUGGUGGUGCAGGUGCGGCCGCGACGGGGCGUGUUGCGAGGUCUGUGUGGUUUGACGACGGCCGAGGCCUGUCAGCUGUGGCGCCGGGCCUGGGCACCGGCCUGCAGACACUGCGCCAGCGGCUGCGCUGCUGUAUGGCGAUGCCGCGUCCCUGCAGUUGCAGGCGGGCCCAGAGCGCGGCGCGAUCGCGCGCCUGCGGUUGCCGGCGCGGGAGCUGCCCGCGUGAUCGCCAACGCACUGAUUGCCGACGACGAACCGUUGCUGCGGCAGGCGCUGGCCGCACAGCUGGCGCAGGCUUGGCCGCAGCUGCAGGUGGUGGCGCAGGCGCGUAAUGGGCGCGAGGCGCUGCAGGCCUUCGAAACCCUGCAGCCACAGGUCUGCUUCCUCGACAUCCACAUGCCCGGCCUGUCCGGCAUCGACGUCGCCGCACGCAUCGCGCGGCGCGCGCAGGUGGUGUUCGUCACCGCCUACGACGCGUAUGCGGUGCAGGCAUUCGCGCAGGGCGCGCUGGAUUACCUGGUGAAGCCGGUGGAUGCACAGCGCCUGCACGACCUGCAGAAGCAGCUGCAGCAGCUGGCCGAACGCCUGUCGCUGCCGGCGCCGACGCCGCUGCGCUGGCUGCACGCGCAGGUUGGCAACGUGCUGCGGGUCGGCUGGCGCGACGACGACGGUCGUCCCGGCGAGGCGGUGAUCACGCUGCCGUUGAAGGAGCUGGUGCAACAGCUGGAUCCGGACAGCUUCGUGCAGGUGCACCGCUCGGCGGUGGUCAACCGGCACGCGGUUGAAGCUGCUGGUGCGCGGUGA